CGAGGGCUAUAUAUAUAUUUUAUAUGUUUAUGAUUUUUAGCGAGAUCAAAUAAAUUGAUCAAACGAAGAAUAGCUGAUAUACGCUGAAUUGAGUGUACAACGAAUUACUUAUAACAUAAAAUCUAAUAAAAUGACAGAAAAAAUAGACAUAAAAGUUAACGUUGAAUAUUGUGGCUCGUGUGGUUACAGAAAACAGUUUCUUCUAUUGGCAGAGGAAAUAAAAAAGAAUGCUCCCAAUGCUACUGUGACCGGUGCAGUAGGAAGGCAAAGAUCUUUUGAAGUGCAAGUCAACGAUGAACUGGUAUAUUCAAUGCUUGACAUGCGAGUCUUUCCCAACUUUGCUGCAAUUGCAGAUAUGAUCAAAGAUGUAUCCGCAGGUGAACCGGUGAGACAAAUUUGCCCAGAACAGCUUAAUUGUGUAUUAUCAUAAAUACAUUUAUAAUAAUAACACAGUACAAAUACUUUUUAUUACAAAUCACAGGUAUACAAAGUAAAUUUAUUUUACAAUUUUUUCUAUGUUUAAAAAGAAACUUAUCUAUUAAUUACUUAUCUAUUAUAACUGGUUUACUUUUAAUAUUUGAUAAAAUACAUUUAGGGAUUCUUCUAGAGUUUGUUUAUGUUCAAUUUCAAUGUGUGUAUAAAGUUUAGAUAUAUAAUUACUCAUUUAGAAAUUAUUUCAUAUACUUAUUCAUUUAGGAAUAAUAAAUAUGAUCACCAAUUUUAAGUAUACCUUGUGUAUUCUCCAAUCGGGUUAAAUAAAUUCCAAAUCUCAGCUUUCCAUGGAAUUCUUCCGCUAACGUUCUUAAUGGCUCAAUAGUUUUUUUUCCAGUUGUUUGAUCAAUGCAUAUCAUUUGACAUCUUGUACAGGGGCCAUUUACCUGCAAUAAUUAAAUAUAUGUAGCAAUAUAUCUUGGGCAUUAAAAACUUAAUUAAUUCA